GCUGCUCGCAGCGCAGCCUCUGGAGCGGGGGCAUCGCUCUGGCUGCCGGCUCGGUGCGGGGGGGGCCGGGCUGUGGGCAGGGCCCGGGCAGAUGACGCCGGGUAAAGCCGUCUCGGAGCCUGCCCAGCCCCGCCGCAGCCCCAGCGCGGUGGCCGCGCAGUCGGGUCGGACGGGCUCCGGCAGCAGAGCGGGAUGGACGUGGCCGUGGACUUGUACCUGGCCGUCCCGCUGCUCUUCACCGUCCUGGCCCUCGUCCUCGCCUCCGUCUUCGUGAGGCUGCGGGGAGCCGAGGGGGAGCGGCCCCGGGAGCCGGCGGCAGCCGAACCGGCUCGGGAGAGCGGCCCCGGGGAGCAAGCGGCGGCGGGAGCGGGGCCGGAGGCCGGCGGGGAGCGGCUGCCGGUGGAGGAGGUCGGGGCGGCCGAGGAGCGGAAGGAGGCGGCGGAGGAGCCGAGCCCCGCGGCCGAGCCCAGCCCCGCGGCCGAGCCCAGCCCCGCGGCGGCCGAGAGCAUCCCCCGGGAGCCGCUCACCGAGCCCCGGGAGCCCGAGCCCCGCCAGGAUGCUCAGAGCAAGACACCACCUUUGGGAGCCUCAGCUGGGUCCAGCCCCGGGCAGCCGGGACAAGCGGAGGGUGCAGGAGACCACACAGCACUUCCCAGCAAGGCAGAGGGGGAAGAUCUGGACCUGGAAAAAGAGAAGCUGGUGGUGAGGGAGCCGGAGGAUGAGGAUGCUGCAGAUGGGACAUUCUCUUUUAAAUACAGUCCUGGCAAGCUGAGGGGAAACCAGUACAAGUCAAUGAUGACCAAAGAAGAGCUCGAGGAAGAACAAAGGGUGCAGAGGGAGCAGCUGGCUGCCAUCUUCAGGCUCAUGAAGGAAAAAAGUGACACGUUUGGAGAGAUGUCUGAAGGAGACAUGAAGGAACAGCUUAGACUCUAUGAUAUAUAACCUUGCAGGCAGAAAGUCAUCAUGUCCCUUAUUAUGCAAGACACUGGAGGCUGUAGUUCUAGAAAUACGUUUCAGUAGUUAUUUUGCAGUUCCAGUUUGUUUUGCAAACCCAUAUAGGCCUGUGAUACGUAUUACAAAAGACUUGUAAUUUCUCACCCUUUAUAUUGUUUCUCCUUGAAGAGCUAUCAUAUUUUCAUCUCGUACAGAGGUUGGUACCUCCUUCUAGCUGUGUCAUACGUCUCGCUCACACAGAGCAGUUAAACCCACAACAUUUUCUGGCCAUGCUGUGUAAACGUGACCUUUCCAACCUAGUCUUUAUCAGUUUGAUACCUAAAGAAAGCCAAAGAUGAUAGACAUAAAAUGGAUGAAUAUAAUAUAAUAGAAUCAUAGCAUAACUCAGGCUGGAAGGGACCUGAGGAGGUCUGUAGUCUAACCUCAAAGCAACAUCCGCUAUGAGACCAAGCCAGGUUACUCAGGGCUUUAUCCUGUUGCAUCUUGAAAACCUCCAAAGAUGGAGACUGCACAGCCUCUUGGCAGAGUCUUCCAGUCCUACAGUUAGAAAGCAAAUAGCCAAAGGCAUGGCAAUCCUGCUUGUGUUAGAGGCGAGUUGCUGUUCUUGUCUCCUUGGAAGGAACACUUCAUCCUCCUUCACCCUGCCUUUUGGAAACAAGCCCAUGUUGGUUCCAGCUGACCUCGUUGAGCUCAUCUUCACGCCUGGGAAAGCAGCAGCUAACUUAAACCUGGAAACACAAACAUCUCUUUGCCUCUCAACACUGGUAAGAGUAGUACGGAAAGGUGGCUUCUUUACAAGGAUGAUUGUGUUCAACUCUGAUCCUGUUCUCCCAGCAGAAAAACGAUGUGGGAAGCCACCUCCUUAGGGAAUCUGUGAACUGAGGAAGUAUUUUGAAGCAGCCGCUGGUGGUUUGGGUACAGUAAAUCACUGGGCAUUCUGAAUUUUAACUGAGUGUCUUCUGGUGGACUUGGCUCUCCUACGAAAUCCUGUUAAACACUGCAUUAUCAGGAAGGAUCUCCUCAGUUUUAAUAACUGCUGACAAAGGGAGGCAACGGUUUCUGAGCCAGUUUUAGGGAAUGAUCUCUUUCAAGAUUAGUUUUGCUUUGUUUUCUGUAAUCCUUUAGAGUCUGGCAAACCUGUUAGCUCAUUAUCUGGUCUCUAUUUCCCACCACAGUAUAUUCUAUAAUACCAUAGUAUUUGACUUCUAAGAAUCACUUUACCUUCCAAUUGCUGUCGCUUAGGUGAAGGCACAUUUAUUACAAGAUCAACCUGGUUUUGCUACCAGUUCUGACUUAAAUCUAAACAUAAUGUCAGAGAAUUACCUCUUCUUGUUCAGCAUGAAGGAAUUAAGAGGGAAAGGAGUCUCAUGAUGUGAAACACCACGCUGGCGUGCGGUGUCCCUGGGACAUAACCUCCUCUGUCAAGCUGUGCAAAGGGAGGAAUGUGGAGAAUUUGCAUAUGGGACCUCUUCCUAGUUCAAAACUGAAAGCAGGAUCUUUCGCAAAGCUGCUCGUGAAAGCAAGCAAAGGAGCAUUAAGGUUGAGUUGAUUUU